UGAGGGCGGGGACCUAACAGACAGCACGGCUCCUGAUGUUUACUCAUACUUCCUUGCAAAGAACCUUCCAGCCGAGGCAGUUCUGGUUUACACUCAAGAUCUUCUCCAAGUCAGUUUGGACACUACGUCAAAUUCUGUGAACAUGCUACUUUACUGCAUUGCGAACAACCCUCACGUCCAGGAGAAACUGUACAGUGAGAUUAAUGAGGUUCUUCAGGGAGGCCGAGUAACAGUUGACAAGUUGAAGGAUCUGAGGUACCUGAAAUGCUGCGUCAAGGAAUCAAGCAGAAUGUUCAUGACAGUCCCAGGAACAUCACGCAUUCUCGACCACGACAUCGUGAUAAAUGGCUACAAUGUUCCGAAAGGAACUUACAUUAACAUGUGCUUCCAAGUCAUGUGUCGGGACCCGGAGAUUUUCGAGGAACCCAACGAAUACAGACCGGAGCGCUGGCUUGAUGUUCGUAAGGCCCCAGACAUGGCAUUUUCACAUCUCCCCUUUGGAUUCGGCCCCCGCAGCUGUGUGGGAAGAAGGCUGGUCGACCAGGAAAUGUACAUUUUGCUGGCAAAUUUGGUGUCAAAGUUUCGUAUGGAGAAUCUGUGCGACAGUGACCCUGACCUAAAAUGGUUUGGGAUCAACGUAACUUCAUCCGAGCCCGUGAGACUCGCCUUUCAUGAGCGCUGAGGGCGUCAUAGUCCACCACAACAACGUAAUCAAUGUAAUCUGAAUAUCGCCAUAAAACAAUGUCAUACCCUUACACUGAUGUAUGUAUUCACACAGUUUUCUUUGCGUGGGCCAAAAACACAAGUUUGCUCGGCUGCUCACCAGUGCAGACGUCUUACAGCAAACUGAGAAUGUAAACAGUGUAUUGAACAUUUACUAUACCUCAUAAAUAUUUAUGAGCAAAUUGGAGCAAGUCAUUGGCCGAUUUCGCCGCGCGUCCGGAAAGCAGAACGCCCAAGUGACGUCACCCCGGUGAGAAUUCAGCUCACUGCCGUGCAGUAGUUUUUCUGGUAUAUAGCACCAAAGAUUGCCACUGGAAACCGCCUCGUAGACAGGUAGUCAGUCACAUGUAAUCUUAACGGAACCAGGCAGUUUGGAGUUCUUGCCUGACACGCAGAACUCUAAAGCUUAGACACAAAUUGUAUGUUGGCCUUAGACUUGUCAUUUUAACAAUUUGCUUGUGAAUAAGUUUAUAAGGAGUAGUAAAUGAAAUACAGCAUGGUUUUAUUUCUGGAAAAUAGUGGGAAGUACUGGUUCAGAGGUGUAGGAAAGCUUGACUAACUGCCUCUGCUUCACGUUGGGAGGUAACUCUCCCCUCGAACUAUGCAGUAUUUGUAUAAUACGUCAGUGUAAGGCCAAAACCAAGUAAGUAUAAAAUUAACAUCCCUGACGCAAAGCCAAUACGAGCGUUUCACAAUAGCGCGCCUCCAAGAGUCUGCAACACGUUGGCCAAUCACAGUGCACGAAACCUGUCGACACAAUGCGCGUG